CUCACCAAUACAUAAACAGACAGUAAAGAGCAUACUCUUGCAUGUAUACAAAAUUUUGUCAAGUUUUUAAAUAUAAUUUUAUAUCGUUAUUAAGUAUCAGAAUUGUCUAUAAAUAUCGGGAAUAGCUCGAUAGAAUCAAGUAUAACAUAGUGCAAGUGAUGACUUCAGAAAAAAACGCUAUAAUUAACAAACAGACAAGUGACUUAAUUAUAUUUCAAGAUCAGAUCCAGAAAAUUAAAAGAUCCAGUAUGUCAGAAAUAGAUGAAUCGUUACCAAAAAAGAUAAAAUUAGAAAAGACAUUUACUGAUCCGCUUGUCGAAGAGUGUAUGAUAGAUGAAAGCAGCACAAGUGACAUCAAAAGAUACAUUCGAGAGCAAGUGAAAAUAUCAGAGCGGAAAAUUCUACUAAAAAUGGACAGGAUAGAACGUAAAUUGAAUCAACUGUUGGCAUUAAAUGGAAGUAAUGUCGAUUCCGAUAGUGACGAGAAACCAGAUAUAAGCGGAGAUAUAAUAGAGGAAUAUGUAAAUUAUGAGCUAGAGGAAAAUGACGAGUUGGAACAAGGACAUGGACAAAUUGAUGAAUUUAGUAGCUUAAUAUUUCCAAUUGCUGAUGAAGGAACGUUUGAUUGGUUUAUGCUGAAAUUAAAAGAUGAAGAAUAUAGAAGCAUUUUGGUCAAUAAAAGAUGGACAUUAACAAGAAAUGUAGGCACGAGAAGCUUCAAUGUUUCAGUUAAAGACUUUUUGAGAAUGCAUUUCGACCUGUCUGUAUGCAUCAAAUAUUCAGUAUCAGGCUUUGGAAGUCGAGGGUCAAAAAAGAAGAAAGUAGACUCAAAAACACUCACAUUCUAUGUCUAUGAAUGCUUUAAUAAAAGUCAGCCCAAUAUUUACACCAUGGAUGAUGUUACAAAGGCAAUAACACAAUUCUGGGGACGAAGUCAAGAUACUUAUACGAAAAUGCAUGAUCGAGCUUUAAAACGAGAGCUAAUUAAUAAUUAAAUAAAAGAUAAAUCAUAUUCUAUAUAAGU